UAGUGAGAGAGAAUAUAAGUGUGGCUUGUUUUAGAAUAAACAAAAUGUUAGCAUAAUAAUAAACAAUAAAUAAAAGAAAAACAGACAUGCUCUGCAACGACUGAAUUUUUGGUUCUUCGUCGACCUCCUCCUCUUCUCCUUCUCCUUCUGCAGCUAUUUCCUUCCCUUUUUCUUCAUAAUUCUCAUCUUUCUCUGUUCGUCCACAUAAAAUAAAAAAAAAAGAAGAGAUACAGAACAAGAAAAGGGAUUCAUUCUUCUCUCUUUCUUUUUUGAGCUUUGAUUGCAAAAAAGAGAGAAUCAGUCUUUGCUAUAGAGAACCCGAAAUUCUGUUUUCCUGAUACCAACCAGCUUUAUCAUUUGCUUUUAGUUUUACCCACCACCUCUUUUUUCUCUCUCACUUCGGAAAUGGGGGGCCAUGGAUUUCAAUGGGUUGGUUUAAUCAGGUAAUUUCUCGACACAUUUCGGGGCCUGCUUUCGAAAUUCAGACCCUCAUCUUCGUUUUCUCCCAAUGGCGUGAUCUUCGAGGUGUUUCUACACUUGAGCUUCAUCUGCUUUGGAUAUAACUUGUGUUUUUCUUCUUUGGUUGAGAAAUCUUUUUUGGGUUUUUUUUUUUUUUUUUCUGUGGUGAAAAUUGAAAUGACGACCAAUUUGUUGGAAAUGCAAGAACCGAGCAUUGAUACGGAUAAGCUCAGCUAUGAGAUUUUUUCAAUUCUCGAGACCAAAUUCUUGUUUGGGUAUGACGAUCAGAAGCUUUGGAUACCCAAGCAGAUCUCUCCGGUUAUUGAAUCCAGGCCUGAGGUUCAUCCUCGCCCGGAAGUUCAACCGGAAUCCAUGAAUGGCGUCUCCGCGAUUAAGAACCAGAGGGGAAAAAUCUGCAUUCUCAGCAUUGAUAGCGGCGGCAUGCGAGGGAUUCUGUCCGGUAAGGCUUUGUCCUAUCUUGAACAAGCUCUCAAGACGAAAUCCGGCAAUCCAGACGCUAGAAUCGCCGAUUAUUUCGACGUUGCCGCCGGAGCCGGUAUUGGAGGCAUUUUCACGGCCAUGCUUUUUGCGACGAAGGACCAGAGCCGUCCAAUCUACAAUGCAGAGUACACGUGGCGGUUCCUCGCUGAGCAAGGGAAACGAUUCUACCGUUCGUCUUCAAGCUCCGGAAACGCCUUUUUCCGGCGGCUUCGUAAACCUCGCGGCUCAUCCUCCGCCGCCACUGCUACGGCCGGUUUGGAGAAGGCGAUGAAAGAGGCGUUUGUAGAGAACGGUAGAACCUUAACGCUCAAGGACACUCUGAAACCGGUUCUAAUCCCUUGCUACGAUCUCUCCAGUACGGCGCCGUUUCUGUUCUCUCGAGCCGACGCUCUCGAGACGGAGAGUUUCAAUUUCCGGCUAUGGGAGGUCUGUCGAGCCACAUCGGCCGAACCAGGCGUAUUCGAACCGGUUCCAAUGCAGUCCAUCGACCGCCAAACGCAGUGCCUGGCCGUGGACGGUGGAUUGGCCAUGAGCAACCCGACGGCGGCGGCGAUCACGCACGUGCUGCACAACAAGCAAGAGUUCCCGUUCGUGCGAGGGGUUGAGGAUCUUUUGGUUCUGUCUCUAGGGACUGGUCAACUGUUUGAAGUGAAUUACGAUUACAAUGAAGUGAAGGGGUGGAAGGCGAAGGAGUGGGCUCGGCCCAUAGCUCGAAUCUCCGGCGAGGGCGGGGCCGACAUGGUGGACCAGGCGGUGGCGAUGGCUUUCGGGCAAUGUAAAAGCAGUAAUUACGUGCGAAUUCAGGCAAAUGGAUCCAGCAGUGUUCAAUGCGGUCCUAAUGUGGAAACAGAUCCAAGCUCCAGCAAUGUAAAUAUGCUGGUUGGAUUAGCGGAAGAGAUGCUGAAGCAGAAGAAUGUUGAAUCUGUUCUGUUUGGAGGGAAGAGGAUUGCAGAGCAGACUAAUUAUGAGAAACUUGAUUGGAUUGCUGCAGAGUUGGUUCUAGAGCAUCAGAGAAGGAGUUGCAGAAUAGCUCCUACUGUUGCUUUCAAGCAAGUGUUACCCUCAAACCCAUAGGAAAAAUAAAACUCAAGAGAUAGAAGAAGGGAAGAUUACAACCUCUCAGAGAGAGAGAGAGAGAGAGAGAGAGAAAAGAAGCCUUCAUUAUUAUUAGUAAGUUUUAAUAUUGUAUGUGGAGAUGGUAAGGGAGGCUGGGGAGUUGAAGGAAAAGGACGAGACAAAAUGGUCAGAAAAAGGGUGAAAAAUCUUAGUGGGAUACUUUGCCUGCCUAAGGCAAGGCAUUGUGGUGUCCACUCCACCCUUUGUUUCACAAUGCCCCAAAGCUUCUAAAAAAAACACACAUAUACACAUUCAGAUCUCAAGUCUUUUGCAAGUCAAACAAAAUAUUUCAGGUGUGAAAUUGAAUUUCAAUACCCCCUUUCUUUUUCCUUUAUAUUUUAUAGCUUU